AUGGCCCCGCGAGUUAUUAUUCAACCGUCGAUAGAAGUGGUUAAAGAUGUCCUGGCGCAAUCGAAGGAUGCGCCGCACCCGCCCAACCUCGUCCCACUGAUGGCGUCGGUGCCCGCGGAUCUUCUCACACCCACUCUGGCAUACUUGAAGCUAUCUGCGAACUCGAAACUGUCCUUCCUAUAUGAAAGCGCUGCUACGACAGAGACAAUUGGGAGGUAUACCUUUGUGGGAGCUGGUAUGUCUUCUUCGACCCGCAGACAGCCAUUGGUAGAUCAUCCAGACAUCCGUCAAACGAAACUGACCUUAACAAUUCCCCCGCAACAAGCAGACCCCAAAAAGGUCAUCAAAACUGGACCCGGCUACGGACCCGAAUGCGACCCACUUCCCGCCCUACAAGAAGAGCUCUCCCAGUCCCUCGUCGCCACAAUCCCGGGCCUCAUACUGCCCCCGAUGGCCGGUGGUGCAAUUGGCUACGUCAGUUAUGACUGCGUACGAUAUUUCGAGCCCAAAACUGCGCGACCCAUGAAGGAUAUUCUCAAGAUACCGGAAUCGUUUUUCAUGAUGGUUGACACGAUUGUUGCCUUUGAUCAUUUCUUCCAGGUCGUCAAGGUGAUUACAUAUGUACAUCUUCCGGAAGACGAGAAGGAUUUUGAAGCGGAAUACCAGAAGGGUCAAAGGGUGAUCCAGCGGACCAUCGAUGUCCUGCUGGAUCCUAAAACUCCUCUUCCGCACCAGCCACCUAUCACGGAAGGGCAAAAGUAUACUUCCAACAUCGGACAGGCGGGGUACGAAGCACACGUGAGGAAGUUAAAGGAACAUAUUAUGAAAGGGGAUAUUUUCCAAACAGUCCCCUCCCAAAGGCUCGCACGACCUACGUCUCUACACCCCUUUAAUCUAUACCGUCACCUACGCACCGUGAACCCUUCCCCGUACCUAUUCUACAUCGACUGUGACGAAUUCCAGCUCAUAGGUGCCAGUCCUGAACUGCUAGUCAAGGAAGAAGGGCGGCGAAUCAUCACGCAUCCCAUCGCCGGAACCGUCAAGAGAGGCAAGACGCCGCAGGAAGACGCCCAGCUGGCCGCGGACCUGCUCAACAGCGAGAAGGACAGAGCCGAGCACGUAAUGCUAGUCGACCUCGCGCGCAACGAUGUCAACCGCGUCUGUGAUCCCGAAACCACCCACGUGGACCGGCUGCUGGUUGUCGAGAAAUUUUCGCACGUACAGCACCUCGUCUCGCAGGUCUCGGGCAUCCUGCGGCCAGACAAGACCCGCUUCGACGCCUUCAGGUCCAUCUUCCCCGCCGGCACGGUCAGCGGGGCGCCCAAAGUGCGAGCCAUGGAGCUCAUUGCUGAGCUGGAGGGGGAGAAGAGGGGGGUGUAUGCGGGGGCGGUGGGGUAUUUUGGAUACAAUUACGCUAGCGGGGAUGGGAGGGAGAUUGUGGAUGGGCCUAUGGAUACGUGUAUUGCGCUGCGGACUAUGAUGGUGAAGGACGGGGUUGCGUAUUUGCAGGCUGGAGGCGGGAUUGUGUUUGAUUCGGAUCCGUAUGAUGAGUACGUUGAGACGUUGAAUAAGUUGGGGGCUAAUAUACAGUGUAUUAAGAGUGCGGAGGAAAGGUAUUUGGCUGAGCAGGCGGAGGCGGCGAAGGAGGUUUCUGUUGUUUGA